AUGGUUAACGCAGUCAAGGUUUUCAAGAAAACUGCACCUAAUGGUAAGGUCACCGCGUAUUUAAGUCGGCGGGACUUCGUGGACCACAUCACCCACACCUCCCCCGUGGACGGUGUGGUUGUUGUGGACCAUGAUUACCUGCGAGGAAGGAGGGUCUUCGCGCGCGUGGCGGUCACCUACCGCUACGGUCGCGAGGAGGAUGAAGUCAUGGGACUUCACUUCAGCAAGGAGCUCGAGCUCGUUAACACCGAGGUCGCUCCCCAUGCUGGAGACGUCCAAAUGACCGAUGUCCAGGAACGACUCAUCAAGAAGCUGGGUGCCAACGCCUACCCCAUCAGCGUGACACUUCCCCAGAACGCUCCCUGCUCUGUCUCUCUCGACAGCGGGAAUGAGGAUACCAGCCAGCCUCUUGGUGUGAUCUACGAUCUCAGGCUGUACGUUGCUGACCGCAAGGAGGAACGUCCUCACAAGCGGAACUCCGUCGGCUUUGCUGUCCGAAAGGUCCAGUUUGCUCCUAUUGAACCCAGCAAUCGCCAGCCCCAGACCCUGGUAAGCAAGAGCUUCACGCUCUCUCCUGGCAAGCUGAACCUCGAGGUCACCCUGGACCGUGACGUCUACUUCCAUGGCCAGAAUAUCGAUGCUCGUCUGUCCAUCAACAACGUCUCCAAGAAGACCGUGAAGAACAUGAAGGCUGAGGUUGUGCAGCAUGUGGAGGUCACCAUGACCAACAAUCACUUCAGCCGAGUCGUGGCUUCACUCGAGUCUCGCGAAGGAUGUCCCAUCACCCCAGGAUGCAACCUCACCAAGACCUUCUCCCUCAACCCUGUAGCCUCCGUCAACAAGCGACGCUUCGGCAUCGCCCUCGACGGCCAAAUGAAGGACCAGGACGCCAACUUGGCAUCCUCUACUAUCGUAGCAGAAGGUAAGAACGUCAAUGACGCCUUGGGCAUUAUCGUGUCCUACUCUCUCCGUGUGAAGCUGAACUGCGGCGCCAUUGGUGGUGACCUGACUGCUGACUUGCCCUUCAAGCUCAUGCACCCUGACCCCACCUCUUCCAAGGGGUCACUGCGCAAGAUGCAGUCUACUGACAACAUCGAAUUCGAGGAAUUUGCUCGACUUCGUCGCGGCCAGUCCGUCGCUGAUGACUAA